AUGGCUAUUACAAGUCUUCCACCUGAUCUUCACCUCAAUGCUACCAAGAAGGAUCCCGACACCCAUGCUAGAAUUGUCAAGGAUGUCAUUUCAUCACGCCCAGCUCCUAAUCCAGCUGAGGAUAUCGCAAAGGAAAGAGCUAACAUCGAUUGGAACUUGAAGGAAGUUCACGAAUUUUUGGAAGGUAACGAAGCUAAAUCUAACGAAAUAUUACGUCUUUACCAAUCGAUUGAACGUGACCCAAUUUUACAAACAAGACCAGAACACUUUGAUAUUACUCAAAAGGAAGAAAGAGAAUUGGUCGCUAAGAGAAUUGACAAGAUGGCUAGAUUUAUUGAAAUCGAACCAUAUGAAAAAUUUAGAAGAAGAAUGCAAUUGAUGACUGUUAUUGACCCAUCCUUGGGUGUUAGAAUGUCGGUCAACUUGGGGUUGUUUUUAAACUGUAUCAGAGGAAAUGGUACCUCAAAACAAUACGAUUUCUGGGCCCACAAGAAGGAAAGUGCCAUCAUUAAACAAAUGUAUGGUUGUUUUGGUAUGACUGAAUUGGCCCACGGUUCCAAUGUCGCCGGUUGUGAAACUACAGCUACUUUUGACCCAAAGACAGAUGAGUUUAUCAUUGAUACUCCACACAUUGGUGCUACUAAGUGGUGGAUUGGUGGCGCUGCCCACUCUGCUACUCACACUGUUUGUUACGCCAGAUUAAUCAUUAAAGAUGUUGACUAUGGUGUCAAGACUUUUGUUGUUCCAUUGAGAGACUCACAACACAACUUGUUGCCUGGUAUUGCUAUUGGUGAUAUUGGUGCAAAGAUGGGUAGACAAGGUAUUGAUAAUGGUUGGAUUCAAUUUACCGAAGUUAGAAUCCCAAGAUUCUUUAUGUUGCAAAGGUGGUGUAAGGUUGACCGUAAAGGUAAUGUGACCUUGCCACCAUUGGAACAAUUGAGUUACAUCUCACUUUUGGAAGGUAGAGUUGGUAUGGCUGCUGAUUCUUAUAGAAUUGGAGCAAGAUUCACCACCAUUGCUUUGAGAUAUGCUGUUGGUAGAAGACAAUUCAACAAGAGCGGUGGCCCUCAAGAGACUCAAUUGAUUGACUACACUUUGCACCAGAGAAGAUUAUUCCCAUACUUGGCAUUGACCUAUGCUGCUGCUGUUGGUACUGACAGAUUGGAGGUUGAACAUAACCAAUUGUUGGACAAUUUGGACAAAGGGUUAAAGACAAACGACAAGUUGUUGUUGAAAACUACUAUAGCUGACACCAAGUCCAUGUUUGUUGAUUCAGGUUCAUUGAAGUCUACUUUGACUUGGGAAGCUUCCAACUUGAUUGACGAGUGCAGACAAUCUUGUGGUGGUCACGGUUACUCUGGUUACAAUGCCUUUGGUAAAACAUACAAUGAUUGGGCAGUUCAAUGUACCUGGGAAGGUGACAACAAUGUUUUAGCAAUGGCUGCUGGUAAGGCCGUUAUCAAGACUGUUCAACAAGUUUUGAAUGGUAAGAAGGUCAAGAAUUCUACUUUGGAAUUCCUUAACGCUGCCCCAGAGUUGGCUAAGGCUAAGAAACCAGUUAUCAGAGUCAAGGACCAUGUUGACGAACCUGAUCGUGUUUUGAAGGCCAUUGCAAGUUUAAUCUCCAAAACUUCUAUGGACUUGAUUCCAAUGUCUCAUCAAUCAUGGGAUGCUAUUAGUGCACAAAGAGUCGUUUUAUCUAAAUUGAGAUGCCACUACUACCUUUUGGAAACAUUUAUCGAAAGAUUGGAAACUCAAAUCACCGCCAAGUCACCAGCAAGACCUCAUUUGGAAGACGUUCUCAAGUUGUACUACGUCACAAACAUCUUGGGUCCAUUUAUUGGUGAAUUCUUGAGAUACGGUGUCAUUUCUCCAAAUGUUGCCAAGUACAUCACCUAUGUCUACCCCCAAGCUUUGUGCUUAAAGGUUAGACCAUAUGUUAUUGGAUUAACAGACUCAUUCCAGCAACCAGAUAACAUUAUCCACUCAUUGAUUGGUAAGUACAAUGGUGACAUUUACAACAACUACUUAUCAGCAGUUAAAUCGGUCAACAAUCCACGUGAUCCUAAAGCCCCAUACAGUGUUGCUCUUGAAGACAUGUUGAACAGAAGUUCAUUGGAUGAAAGAGAAAGAGGUGAAAAAUCAGAGAAAACCGCUGCUAUCUUAUCCAAGUAA